GUGGGUGUAUGUGAUUGUGUUUGUAUUUUCAGUUGUGUGCUUGCGGCUGUGUAUAUUUAUUUGUUUAGCAUACAUUUGCAUAUUUAGAUGAUUGCUUUUCUUUUGUUGCCGCCUAAUAAUGUUGUUAUUUAUUCAGCUAUAUUUUAUGAUGACAUUAACUGCCAAUGAAUAAGCUACUGUCUUUAAAUCACUGAGUGAGCAUAGUCUUAUAACAACAAACCCCGCUUAUACAGCAUCAUCAUUAUCAUCAUGUUAUGGCGCCUGAACUUGUUAUUAGCGCGUGUACUACAUUAUGGACGAUUUCGUCUGCUUCUUUCGACGCUUAUACUGUUGCUUUUACUUGGCAUUUUACUGACUUAUCGCUGGCGAACUGAUGCUCAGCUUUGUUUUAUGGAAACGCCAGCAGCCCAACAGCAACAGCCAGUGAAUAUGCCCAAAAUACUUGAUGAUGUGCUGGUUACUGAACCACUCCCCAUUCCGGGUCGCAGCAUCUUCUUUCACGAGACCAGCUGCCAUCGAUCGAAACGCAAAAGACCGCGUCCUGGGCAGAAGAGUACAGAGAUGCAGUACAACAUGUUGCAAUUGACAGCGAGACAAGCGUGUGCCAUUGAAUCCGCUGCACUGCAUAAUCCCAAUUUCCAGAUCUUUGUGCUGUUUGCCGGUCCCACCUAUCAUUACUUUGGCAACAGUAGCAACGGGAGUGGAAGCGGGAGCAGCCAACGUUAUCAGCCUUUAAUCGAUGCCAUAUUGAGCUAUAGAAAUGUGCAGCUGCGGCAGCUAAAUUUAUGGCGCUUUGCUAGCGGCACACCUGUUGAGAAUUGGCUAAACGAUGGUCCACUGUUCCGUUCCAGCUUUCUCUCCUCACACAUCUCUGAUUUUCUGCGCUAUUUGACUCUCUAUCGCUAUGGCGGUUUGCAUCUGGACAUGGAUGUGGUGAUGCUGCGCAGCAUUGAAGACCUGCCACCCAAUUAUACGGGGGCCGAAUCCAACAUUCACUUGGCCGCUGGUGUUAUGAACUUAGCUCCCAAUGGAUUUGGUCACGAAAUCGCGGUUUCGUGCGUACAAGAUUUUAUUCAUAAUUUCAAUGGAAAAGAUGUGAGCAACAAUGGUGCGGGUGUGAUAACGCGUGUGACACAAAAAUUAUGCGGAACCAAAGAUGUCAGCGUCAUGCUGGAUAAUCGGAAGCGUUGUUUGGGCUUUAAAGUGUUCGAACGCAACGCCUUCUACGCAGUACCGUGGAAACGUUGGCGACACUUUUUCGAACCGCAGUUGCUCGAGCAAACGCUUGCACACACUAAGGAUUCUAUUGUGGUAAAUUUGUGGAACAAACAUUCAAAACAACAAGUAAUUAAAGUCGGUUCAAGUACCGCAUAUGGUAAAUACGCAGAACAGCACUGCCCACGAUCGUAUGCGGCAGCUGGUGAAUAUUUCUAAGUGAUCAAUUAGAUCUACUCUAUACCAAAGAUCAAACAAAGAGAGCGCACACAGUGAGAGAGCCAUAGAGAAAAAGAGAGCGGAUGAUCUAUUCUAUUUGGUACAUACAUACAUACGUUUAUUAGACUCGCCCACGUUCCAAAUAUGAAUCAAAACAAAUGCUCAAUUUAGCAAUACCUCGUUUUUGGGGCAAUAAAACAAAAAAUUUGACGUAUAACACGAGCAACAUUUUUGUUAUGCAAAUUUUCUCAUUAGGUUAGUAGAAAUAAGAAUGAAACGUACGAACAACCCAAUUAAAAUAUUGUAUAAUAUUUGUAAUUCUUAUGUAUGUAUGUGUAAUAGUAUAAGAAAAAUUUUUGGUGUCGGCUAGCCGACUUUUGAGUACCCUUGCAGAAUCUGCAAAAAAUAGUAAAAAUUAUUUGUAUACAAAACUCUUGUGAAAUUCAUUAAGUUUUCCUUAAAUACAUAUGAUAAAUUAUUUUCAUUUAGAUUGUACUCGAAAUGCCACAUAUAAUAUUAAUGUUCUCGGAUUUUGCAG